AUGUCCCCAAAAACAGCACUUGUCAUUCGAGCCACCGGCGCGCAGGGAAAAGGAACUGUCAAGGCUCUCAUAUCAACUGGGUGGACAGUCCAUGCUCUUGUGGGCGAUGCCUCUAGCGAUCGUGCACAGGCAUUGAAGAAGUUCGGUGAUGGAGUCAUCCUCCACCAAGGCACGAUUGACGAUGCUGUCUCCCUCGAAACCGCAGCGAAGGGUUGCAGCGCUGCCUUUUUGACACAAAUGCCUGACUUGCAACGGGAAGACGCCGUCGCACACGAAGCGCAGCAAGCCAGCACAUUCCUCCAGGUGGCCAAAUCUGUGGGAGUGAAGCACGUGGUAUUAUCGACUCAGAUAGCACUCACUGAUCCCGCUUUAGCAAGCAACAAAGCGUGGACAGAAUCAGCACUACGACCAAGCGUCGUUGGCAAAAUCGAAGCUGAAAAGUUGGUGCGGGAAUCAGGUAUCGAUUGGACAAUACUACGCCCAGGAUGGUUCAUGACCAAUCUUCUGCCGCCACUCUUGCAUUACUUUGCCCCAGGAAUAGAGCAAGGAAAACUUGUAGUCAGCUACCAGGCGGAUAAACACCUAGGGGCUGUGGACCCUGAUGACAUUGGAGCGUUCGCAGCAGCAGCCUUUAACGCGCCCGAGAAAUUUACGGGCAAGCAUAUUCCCUUGUUGAGUGAAGUCCUCACGACCUCCGAGGUCUUUGGGCAAUUCAUUCGAGCCACGGGUAAAUCGUUAAAAAUGGAGUAUCGUACCGAGGAGGAGAACAUGGCUAAAGCAAAGACCGACCCCUUCAUCUUGGGUGAGACUCUGACGCACGGUUUGGAGAAGCUGGCGACCAUGGAAGAGAUGCGGAGUUGGGGUGUUCACCUUACACCUUUGAGUGAAUUCUUGAAAAAACAUAAGGAAGAAGUGGCUGCCAUUUGA